ACGGACCGCCCUGGCGGUCAUGACGUGGACGGCGCGCUCCCGUGCCGGGCGUCAGCGGCCGCCGCAGCGUCAGGCGCCCCAGCGGCGACGGCGCGCCGCGGCACGGUGACGGCGAGGGGGCCAGCGGGCGGCGGCAGAAGACACCGUGGAUGUCUUCCCUGUGUUUCGUGUGCCAGCUGCCCAUCCUUAGCCACCAGACAUGGGGCACCUGGCCGCACCACCAGGACACCGACUCGGACGACGAGGACGAACCCCAGGACGACGACGAAGAAGGCGAGAAGUGCCCGGGCGCAGACGCCGCCCAGGGAGAUGCCGCGGCUGCCCAGACAUCGGCCAGCAAGAAACUCCCCGGGUUUGGGACGCCCGAGGAAAAAAGCUCCGGGGACGCAGCUUUGGAGCGCGCCAGCCGGGCCCGGCGCCCCAGCCAGCCCGUGGUGACCCCGCAGAGACGGCGCAGCAGCGCUGGAACGUUGGCCGGGUGGGAGGGCGGGGACACCUUCCACGAGGACUGCCUGGUGUGCGACACGUGCGGCCUGCGGCUGGCGGGCUCCAGCUGGCAAGGGGCGCACCGCUUCCAGAACAAGAUCUACUGUGGCCUGCACUACGCCGACGUGACCGGCCUGUCCAGCGGCGAGGAGUUCCUCGCCAAACUCCGGGAGUACAAGCGGCAGUCGCUCGGCUGCGCGGAGGCGCGCCGCAAGAGCUCCACCACCCUCACCUUCCCGGUGCCGGUGCAGGCGUGUCCGGGCAGCCCCUGCGAGCAGUACCCGCACUUCAUCAAGGCUGCCCCGGGCUACUGGAUCGAGUGCGCCGGACCUCGCAAGGAGUCCGACGCGCUGCCGGAGACCGCGCAGCAGCCCGACGUGUCGCCGGGCAAGAGCAACGGCGCGGCGGCGAGCGGUGGCUGCGCCUCGGGUGGAGGCUGCAGCCUCGCCAACGUGUCCGGUGCCCUGGAGUUGGUGUCUCGAGACGAGGACACGUACGAGAAGUUCUUUUACGGUACCGAGCACUGGAACUAUUUCACGAACGACGAGUCUCUGGGCCCCGUGCUCAUGAGCCUCAAGCAGGAAAACAUCAACAACAGGGACCAGUUCAGGGUGAUGCUGCGCACGGUGACGUACAACCUGCACGGCCUGAUCCCGGCGUCGUGCGUGUGCGCCAACCGUUAUGACCGGGAGGCGAUCGUGCGGUGCCUGGGCGACGAAGCGGGCCUCAAGCCCAGUCUGACGCUGGGUCAGCUCCCGUCGACACCCGACGAGCUUCUCAAGCUCGAUCAGGUGUUCGUCAAGUCGGAGCUGAAAGUGGGCCUUGUGUACGUGAAGGAGGGCCAGAGCACCGAAGAGCAGAUCCUGAACAACCGCACACACAGCGCCUUAUUCGAGGAAUUCCUCGGCGUCCUCGGAGAACGCGUACGCCUUAAGGGUUUCGACAAGUACAAAGGAGGCCUGGACACCGUCCACGACUUGACCGGCACAGAGUCUGUCUACACUGCCUGGAAGAACAUCGAGAUCAUGUUCCACGUGUCUACGAUGUUGCCCCACGAAGAGCACGACCCGCAAAAGUUGCAAAAGAAGCGGCACAUCGGGAACGACAUCGUGUGCGUCGUUUUCCUGGAAGCAGAGAAUACGCCCUUCUCCCCUGCCUGCAUCAAGUCACAUUUCCUGCACGCCUUCAUCGUCGUGCGAGCGUCGCCUGCGGCGCCCUCCGGAACGCCCACCGUUUACGAGGUGUCUGUGGUGUCCCGGGACGAAGUGGGAGCCUACAAGCCUUACCUGUGGCACCGAUCAGUCUUCCCAAAGGGCACGCUGUUCCGCGAGUGGCUGCUCACCAAGAUAGUCAACGGCGAGCGUACCAGCUACUCGGCUCCCAAGUUCGCAAGAAUGCAGGACCGUACCCGCAGCCAGAUGCUGGAGGACAUGGUGACGAACCUGCAGAACCACGCGGAGACGGGCCAGAUCCCGAAGCCGUAUCGUCGGGGCUCGUGGCGCCCCAUCGGGCAUAUGCGGCCCUCGUCGCCGCUGCUGGAUAGCGUGCGCGACCCCUUCGAAGGCUACGACCAGCUGGCCAGGGACUUCGCCAAGAUGUUCCAGAGCACCAGGCAGCUCUGCGACGUCGUCUUUAACGUCGGUCAGGGUAAAGAGAAGACGAAAGUCUACGCUGUUAGAGCAAUAUUGGCAGUACGAAGCAGGGUGUUCCUGGAGAUGCUGUACGGUUUCAGCACGGGCUUCGGCCUUAGCUCCAGCGGACCGGGGGACUCGUCCAGCAGGGUCCUCAGCCCCUCCACUGCCAAGUCGAGCGGCAACUUUCUUCAGGUGCCCGACAUUCACGACGCUCCGCGCAACAAGAGCGCUCCGUCCAGCCCCAUGGUGAUCCGGGCCUUCUCCCGCCUGGGCAACUGGACGGGCUGGAGCUCUCGCACCAGCAGUAAGGACCCUUUAAUACCUGAUAUCGGGGGCCUCAAGCGCUGGCAGAGUGAGUGCAAUUGCAAAGAGAAGGAGAAAGAAAGAAACACUGUAAUGGCCGGGACCACUGUCACACUGAGCGUCUGUGCGGACGCUCACAAGGUCGACAGGGCAAAGCUGUGUCAGCACGAGUUCAACAUCAUCGAGUUCGACAGCGACACGUUCCAGCUGCUGGUGGACUACCUGCACUGCGGCUCGUGUCCGCUCACCUGCGAGGCCAUCCCGGCUCUCAUCUGCGCGGCCGAGCACUUUGACCUGCCCGAGCUGCUCCAGGCCUGCUUCCACCACGCCAAGACGCACUUGAGGCUGUCCGUCGUGUGCGCCAUGCUGAACGUUCUGGACAACUACUACUGGCGCUACACGUCGGCCACCGAACUGGUCAACAUGAUCCUGCAGUUUGUGGACACCAGAGCCGUGGCCCUGUUCUCCCGGCAAGAGUUCCUCGAGCUGUCCGAGUCCAUGUUCCAAAGCAUCAUUGGCAGGGAGCUCAACAUCCCUGAGGUGUACAAGUUCGAAAUCAUGCUCCGCUGGGCAACGCACCACGUGACUACAGUCACCCGGCCUGACCCGCAAGAGCUACAAUGCACCAUGAGUCGCCUGACACGAGAACUGAAGCUCCAUCUCAUACCUCCGCAAGAGUUGAUAAAAGUGGUUCUGCCUACAAGGACAAUAAGUCACGAACAAAUUCUUGAGACGUUGCUGUACCAGGCAGACACAGGCAUGUUUCGCGUGCGCCAGUCUUACCUCGAAGCCGUCAACAAGAAGGGUGAGAGGUACCUGCUGAGUCCGGCGUUGACCAAGUACCGGAGGUAACGAUGGCCAACGGGGCAGCGCCGACCGGUGGAUGUUCGCGGCGCCUGACCAUCG